GGAUGAUUAACUUGCCACCAUCUCAUUUCUCUUGAUAUAUUAUGAUUUGUUCCAACAACUAUUUGUAUUCCACACUUUGUCAUUGCAUGACCUUCUAGGAAUCUGCAUGAACUAUUCUUACUUAGCUGGUUUUAGGAUUUGUCCUCUCUUUCUUAUUUUUUAUCAAAAGAAAAACAAAAAUAAUGUAAGGAAGGUUCUACCUACUACCCACUGUUUUGCGUAUUGUGUAUAUUAGUCCAAAAGAUUAGCUAGGAAACCUCAAGCCCUCUUCAUCUCUCCCCUAUCCAACCACAUGCCCAUUCUUAGUUCUUAUCUCUUUAAUUCCUCUGCAAUGAUCUCAUGCAUCAACGAUCGAUUCGGGCUUAAAGAAAAAUCUAAUUUGAGAGGUGAAAUUGAGCAUUCAUUAACGGGGGAGAUUGAUGAGGAAUGUUAUGAAGAGAAAGAAUUAGAAGUUGGGGAGAGGUACUGGAGGUGGUGGAGGGAGGGGGUGGAGUCCAACAGCGUGCGUGCAUGGCGGACGGUGCCGCAUCGCUGCAUGCCCCACAUCCAGAGGUACUACACAAGUGGAGGCGCCGCCGAAGAUGACCAGCAGGGACGACGGUACGAGAGGGAUGUGGAGUGGGUGGUGGAGGAAAUAAAGCAGUAUGCGAAUGGGGUGGUGGUGUCGGUUGACGGCAUGGAUGCCUGGGUCUUGGACGUCGACGACACGUGCAUCUCCAAUCUCCCCUACUACCAGUCCCGCCGCUUCGGGUGUGACCCAUUUGAUGGAGAGACUUUUGUGGCAUGGGCAAUGAAGGGAGAAUGCCCAGCGAUUCCUGCAGUGCUUAAAUUGUUCAAAGAAUUGGUUGAGAGUGGGUAUAAGGUUUUCCUAGUGACUGGCAGAGAUGAACUCACUCUUGCCCAACCCACUCUUUCUAAUUUGCAUAAUCAAGGAUUUAUUGGCUAUGAGCGCCUAAUUAUGAGGAAUAGUUGUAUAUCCAAGAAACAAAGUGUUAUCAUGUAUAAGUCUGGAAUUCGACAAGCAUUAGUAGCACAAGGGUAUAGAAUAUUGGGAAAUGUGGGAGACCAGUGGAGCGAUCUCGAAGGUGACUGCUCUGGCAAUCGCACUUUCAAAAUCCCAAAUCUUAUGUAUUUUGUUCCAUGAGCUUCUAUUGCUGCCUGAAAAUCGAACAACCUUUGUGGAUUGUUCCUUGAUCAUGACUACCUAAAAAAGGUCAAGCAAAAAUGACUUGGAGGCCCUAGGGUGUACCCCGGAGGAUCACUCUGAUGCCUAAGUAACGGACUAAUGAGAAUAAGUGAGAUCCUUACCUCUUCUUUAAGCCCCUUUUUAUAGUGGUGGAGGUUGACCCUCCAUCAAUCUGGCAUUGAUGGACAUUAUUGUGCUUGUGGGAGUUACAGAGGUUUUAUGGGCAUUUAUGUGGAGGUUUUAAGUAUAUUUUUGUAACCAUUCCCUCUCAUCAAUGUGUGUAUUAAAGUUAGCCCAUUGGUUAUGUAAGGAGGAUUAAUGGUGGUUUCGUAACCGUUCUUCCUUUUGAGUAAGGAUAUUUUGGGUA